AUGUCGAAUCUUUUCCGUAGGGCAUCUGAUGCCUUCCACCACCAUCAGCGAAAGGAUUCUGAGGACUCAGGCACCCAGGACAACCUCAUAUCUCCGUCCCAGGAACCACAAGAACCGCAAGAACCCCAGGUGCCACAAGUAUCGCAAGUUACACAAGAUCCACAAGAGCCCAAGGCUGAAUCUGCAUCUCGGGGUGAAUCACAGGGUAGUGAUAAAGACAAAGCGGGAAAUGGCACUCCUCACCACCAUCACUGGGGCUUCUUCCGUCGUCUAAGUGAGGAUGAACGGGCGAAACGCUAA